AUGACGUCACACGAGGAACAAUGGGAAACCCUACAAUUCGGCACGCCCGGCUCGUCCUCCUUCCGUAUGAUUUUCCUCCACGCCACCCACCGCCAUAUCCUCUCCCCGUGCCACGAUAUCCCGCUGUACGACCCUGACUGUCUCUUCCAUUGCAUCUCCGCCGCUCCCGCCGGCACAUGGCUUCCGCACGAUUUCGCGCCCGAAGAUUACAACCCGUUAAGAUGCGCUCCGUCCGUUGCUUCUGCAGAUUCAGGAGACUCUAGUGCUUUAGGAGGGUCGUCGGGAGGCGUUAGUGAGGGUGCGGUAGACUCAGCGGUUGUUCCAAAACAUUUUUCGACAAACUGCCCGUGGAGUCUUGGACUGCUGCCCCAAACACGACAGGAUCCUGACGAUACUUGCGAUGAGUUACCAAAUGUGCCUGGCGACGAGCAGCCGAUAGAGGUUAUCGAGAUUAGCGGUAGCGAAAUUGCUCUCGGCGAAGUUGUUUCGGUCAAGCCUCUCGCAGCUUUCGCCGUCGCGUCUCCGACGGGAAAAAGUUUCGCAUGGAAGGUCGUGGCGAUAUCGGGUAACUGCCCCGUCGCGAGCGUGUUGGAAUCGAUGGAAGACGUCGAAGCGUCGUUUCCAGGGUCGCUUAACGACAUUCGCGAAUGGCUUCGCACGCGCGACGUGCUCCAGUCGAACGGCCGGCACGCAGCAGAUCUUCCCUUCGUCAGCGAGCCGUUGGGUCCGGAGCACGCGCACGCGGUGGUGGCGCGAGCGAACGCCACGUGGCAGCUCUUCGUCGAUCAGAACGUUCCUGCGGAGCCUUGGGCGCCGCCGGCCGCGGUCCUCAACGGAAGCUUCCUCGAAAGCAUCUGGAAGCGCAAAUACAUGGGCGAUUGCGCGCCGUCCGCCGCGAUUCCCGUUUCCCAGCCGGCGCAUUUGCAACAGAAGCAGCAGCAACAACAGGCGGAAAAUGCGGCGCAAAAAGCGGCGGGAGAAGCGGUCGCUGGUGCGCUGGUGGAGGAAAAGCCAGCCAACGGCAACGCCGCGGCAGCAGAGCCUUCGCGCCGCAGUUGGAUUGCUGUCCCGAGCUUGCGCCAUACGGACGCCGCAAGCGGCGGGCAACGCGCUGCGCCUGAGAUUGACGACUGCGCGACUGCACAUCGGGGGAAGGGAGGCGCGGACGCGUCGCCGCUUCCUUCCGCCUCUUGCCACAUCGAUCGUCUUCCUAAUGAGCUCGUCGCGGCCAUCUUGCGCGACGUUUUCAAGAAAGCGCAAUCGCUCUCCGACAUCGUCAGCUUGCUGCUAACAUGCCGGCGCUUCUACGACAUCUGUCGACCCGCGUCGCAAUGGUCGCUGCUGGCGUCGGCAUCCGUCGAGUCGCUGCUGCCGACGGACGCGGCGCACUGGACUCCCGCAGUGCAGCGAUUCCUGCUCAGCGCCGCGACAGAGGGCAACAUCGAGGCAAUCUAUAUCGCGGGCAUGAUUUCCUUUUACUGUAUCGGAAAUCACUGGGCGGGCGCGCGCUUGCUCGCGCAAGCGGCGGAGUUCGGACAUGGUCCUGCGACCUAUUCCCUCGCUAUAAUCAACUUUCACGGGAGUGGCGGAACCGCGCGGGACACGAAUCCACAGGCGGGUGUGGAUCUGUGCUGGCGGGCGGCGAAAUUAGGAUUCAUGCCCGCGUUACAAGAACUCGGACACUGUUUCGUGGACGGCUAUGGUGUUUCCCAGCGCAUUUCUCUCGGCAAGCUUCUGCUGCAGCAUGCAUCAGCAGCUAUGGAAGGCAGCACAAGCACCUGCCGCUGCGGCAACUGCCCGUCCUCGCCUACCUCUCCUUCUCCUAACCCUUACUCCUUCCCAUGCGCCGCUUCUGCUCCACCUCACUCACCUGCCGCCCUAUCGGCCCCAUUGACUACAGUACCUGCCGUCCCAGCCGCACCGGCUGCUCGGUUAGACACGCAGGUUCGGAUAGUAGUCGGGCAAGCUCGGCAAGUUAGAGCUGCUUCGGCAUGCCCCAGACGAACCAGCCCGUGGGACCCGGCGCGUCACGACUUCAACCCCGAGGCGCGGCACAAUCGAUGCUGGGUCAGUCAUGCGUCGCCUGCACGAGGUCGCGUUUCCACCGCCGCAUCUUCCGGGGACAAUGUCGAGGCUGCUGCUACCGAGGAUGGUGCUGCCGAGCCGCAUUCCCUGCCUAGCGACGCUGCGUCGCUAAAGGCCGCGCUUUACUCCGGUCUAGAAGGCCUCAACCGGGGCAUCUUUGGCAUGCCAUUGGCCAAGCGGGCUUAUCUGCACACGAUAAUUGAGCGGCUGGAAGAAUUGAACCCGCGACCUGCUCCCACUGAGCACAUUGACGAGAUCACAGGCGAGUGGCGCCUGCUAUACAGCACCAUCGCCAUCCUCGGCUCCAAGCGAACAAAGCUGGGUCUGAGGGACUUCAUUUCUUUGGGGGACUUUCUUCAGAUUGUAGACAAAGACACGAGGCGAGCAGCCAACGUGGUGGAGUUUGCAGUGAGGGGGUUGGGGCUGCUGUCAGGGAAGCUAACCAUCGAAGCGACCUACACCAUCGCCUCCCCUACUCGGGUGGACAUAAAAUUUGAAAGCUCCAGCAUUGUACCAGAUCAGCUGAACAAGCUGUUUGAGAAAAACUAUGAUUUGCUUCUGCGGAUAUUCAACCCGGAUGGAUGGCUCGAGAUAACCUAUGUGGAUGACACUGUACGAAUCGGGCGUGACGACAAGGGAAAUAUCUUUGUGGUGGAAAGGCAACCACCCAAACAAUAG